GUCUGUCACGACCUGAUUGUAAGGCUAGAUGCAGUGAUACCCAAUUGACUCUCUACAAUCCAAGCCACGUUUGACUAGGAACACACAAGAGAAAACUAGCUCCGGGACGUAGCCCUGCCCGCAGCUGUUGCCAAUAUAGAGGUUGAAUGUAACAUAAUUCACUAGUAAUUAAACAUCAUCCGCACAAAGGUUACACUCACCACUUUAAUUUCAUCCGGCGAACCUACACUAUGCUGACAUUCGAGGCCCCUGGUCAAAGCAUCGUUCCGCGACGUAUGCUAUGGUCUCCUCAACGUUAUGCGAAGCCUUUUGCCCGACGGUUCAUCAAUAGCUGGCUAAGCGGAUGGCUUUUCAACGGCGUAGUCAACUCCAGUGGCAAUCUGGUGAUCGCAUAAGCAGAUAUUUAUGUAUACAGUCCCCCACAAGACAAACACAUCCAAACCUCAU